CUAUUGUUUGCCUAUAACAGGAGAUAUCAGACAGCUUUAGCAAUAUGGAGUUUUUGUAUGUUAAUCAAGGGGUUAUAGCCUCAGAAACCACCGAUGGUUCAACCUCUUUUCGCAAGUCUACUCAGUGGCAGGAGGAGCAAUGGUGGCUGCCUGUGCCUCGGUCUCGCCCGACGAUCUCCUUGAAGAUACACGAAAGCAGUUGAAUCACAAUCGCGAAUGUGCAACUCAAAUACUAAAAGCUGCCAUGUCCAUCAACAACAUAGCUUUAGCUGAAAUGGAAGUUCCUGAAUCAUACUUGGAAGCUCUUCCAAAGAAUGGGAGAGCCUGUUUAGGAGAUGUUAUUUACCGGUACAACGUGCAUGGUAAGAUACAUAGUUUAGAGGUUGGCCAAGCUAAGGUGCACUUACCUUUGCAUCCUAACGGGAUUGAUGGCAUCAUGUUGUAUAUCUUGAUUGUUGUCUUGGAACUAGAAUUGUGA